AUGACAACUCAGCGAAACUUCACAGGGCUCAUCUGUCGCUCAUUCUGUGCAUUGGUGCUGCUCUGCUGUAUUCAGAAUUUCCCACAAUUGGCUCACGGACAAGACGCCUACGGGAGCGGGAAGAAAGACUUUGUGGAGGGUUGCCUGACCAACAAAAAUCUAUCCGUGAUCCGGCCUUCUGACUCCACAUAUUCCAGCUACUCGUCAACGUAUAACCUCCGCCUCCAGUAUAAGCCCACGGUCAUUGUCAUUGCCACCAACAACCAACACGUCUCGGAUGCUGUACUAUGUGCGGCCAAGUACAAGCUGAAAGUGCAGUCCCGGUCCGGUGGACACUCGUACGGGUCUUACAGCAUGGGUGGUAAAGACGGCGCCGUGGUCAUAGACCUACAGAAGUUCCAGGAUGUCAGCCUCGACUCCAAUACGAACAUAGCGACUUUUGGUGCGGGUCUGAGAUUGGGAAAUCUCGAGCUAGCGCUGCGCCCAACCGGAAGAGCACUUCCUCACGGAACGUGUGCCAACGUUGGCGUUGGUGGUCACUUCACCAUUGGCGGGGAUGGAUUUACAACGAGAGCUUACGGACUGGCCAUCGAUUCAUUAGUGGCUAUAGAUGUCGUCUUGGCCAAUGGCUCCUUAGUGCACGCCACGGCUACAGAUUAUAAGGAUGUGUUCUUCGCCAUGAAGGGCGCCGGUGCCUCUUUCGGUAUUGCAACUACCUUCUAUGCGAAAACCUUCGCCUACCCGGAAGCCCUGACCGGCGUUUACCUGACGUGGCCGGGCCUAAGCGACAAUACGGAACAAAGCGUUGCAGCUCUAACGCACAUCCAGAACUACGCCAACAACGCGUCCUCGGGGCUGGACCGCAACUUCCAGUUCGAUGUGACCCUGGACGCCUUCGGGACCUUCAACCUGAAAGGCAUUUACCUCGGCCCAGUAGCAACCUUCAACAAGACGGUGCUUCCCGAGCUACUACGCGGGCUGCCGCCACCCGGCGCCGGCGAUAGUGACAGCCCGACCGUCAUCAAGCAGUACUCCUGGGCGGACGCGCUGAAGGAUGCCAACUACGGCAGUGACAUAGCUUACCUCAAGCCUGGCGAAAGCGGUUAUGCCCCAGCCCCGGAUCACGACACCUUCUACACCAAGAGCAUCACGGUACCCGCGCCGGGCCUCCCCGAUAGCGCGUUCAGGAACCUGGUGACGUGGGCACAGGCACACCGCGAGGAAAAGAAUCCUGCCGUGCCGUGGUACUUGACACUCAGCCUGCAGGGCGGCGUCGACAACCAGAUCUUCCUGGACAGCAAAAGCGGCGAGUCGGCGUUCUGGCGCCGUGACACCACCUGGGUCAUGGAGAACUCUGGCUUCACGGAUGGUCCGGACAUGGUAUUCCCCGUACCGGCGGGGAUUGAUCUCGUAAAUGAUUUGAACAAGCAGGUGACAGAAGUGCUCGGAGCUGGCGGUUAUGGGGCCUAUCAGGGGUAUGUAGACACAGAGCUGAGUGCCGACAAGGCGGGCAGGCUGUACUAUGGCGAUGUGUUGUUCGAGAAACUCAAAGGGCUCAAGAAGAAAAUUGAUCCGGAUGAUCUAUUCUCGAAUCCACAAUCCAUACCAGUCGGGAACUAA